AUGACGUCCAUCGGAUCGUGCGUGUUCUGCACCGCAUGUGGCAGUCUGCUGGACAAGAGCACCGAGAUCGCGCGCAGUGUCCUCGACUGUGGCGUCUGCGGAACGAAGAAUAAAGAUACAUCAGCAAAAGUGAUCAUCACGAGAUCGAAAGACACAGCGUUUCCCUCCGCGCUAAGAGCCAAGCGAUCAGAAGUGCAGAAGAUCUCCGAAGACGAUCUUCAGCAAGAUGCCUUGAUUGAUGAGACGUGCGACAAGUGUGGGAGAGAGCAGGUUCGAUAUCAUACGGUCCAGUUGAGAAGCGCGGACGAAGGGUCUACUAUUUUCUACAACUGCGAUUGCGGUCAUUCAUGGAACACAAACAAUUGA